AUGGCGGGCGAGGGGGAGGACGACGAGGCGGCGGCGAUCGAGCUGCAGCUGGAGCAGCACCUGCAGGAGCAGCGGUCCUCCCUCGACGCCGUCGACGAGGCCCUCGCCGCCGACGCAUCCAACGCGGACCUCCUCGAGGUGCAUGAGGAACUUCUUGGGGCCAUUAAGGAUGCAGAGGAGGCACUUCUCCAUUUGAAGCGUUCUAGGCUAGUGAAGCAGAUCGAUGACAUCUUUCCAAAUCAGGGGUCAGAACCACAAGAAACAGAAGCUGCUAUCGAGCCAUUAGAUCCAGAUGAUGUUGAGCCGGAACCAUUGGAGCCACAGGAAUUUUCAGUCGGAUCUAAGUGUAGAUUCAGGCACAAUGAUGGGCGUUGGUAUAAUGGAUGUGUUAUAGGACUUGAAGGCUCAAGCGAUGCAAGGGUUUCAUUUCUGACACCCACAUCAGAAAACAUGUCGAUGUGCAAGUUCUUUCUACAGCAACGGUGUCGGUUUGCUAGUAACUGCCGCUUGUCCCAUGGUAUUGUAAUUCCUAUUGGAUCGUUGAAGCGGUUUACUCCAACUAGAUGGCAGCAGUCUCUGGCAGGAUCAAACAUACUAGCAGCUUCUGGGCAUCAUUCUGGUCUGUGGAGGAGAGCUGAACUUGAGUCAUGGGAUGAUGACCAGAAGCUUGGUCAUGUUAUCUUUCAAGACGAUGGGAGCACUGCAAGGCUUUCAGGCGAUUCUCUCUCUAUCCCAGAAUAUGCUGAUGCAGGUGACGAACAAGGCUCAAGCGAGGAUGAAUCUGGAUUCAGUGACGAUAGCGAUCAAGAGGAUGAAACCAUUCAUCAGGGUGUUGGCCUUUUGGAAUCCCAAAAUUUAACUGGUGUUCAGUCAGAGACUUUAAUCUUUGCAAAGUGGGAGCAGCACACCAGGGGUAUUGCCUCCAAAAUGAUGGCAAAAAUGGGGUACCGGGAGGGCAUGGGGCUAGGCAUAUAUGGCCAAGGCAUGGUUGACCCCAUCCCAGUCAAGGUGUUGCCCCCUAAGCAGUCACUUGACCACGCACUCGCUCCAACCGCAGGCGAGGAUGGCGGAAGCAAAGCCCGUGAUAAGAAGCGCAGCCGGGGCGGGAAACGGAAGCGUGACAAGAAGUUUGCGGAGCUGGCCAGGGCCGCCAAAGCCGAGGAAGCAGAGAGGUCCGUCUUCAGCUUCAUGAACAGCCAGCUGGUAAACCAAGACGCGGCCGGAGGCUCGGCGGGCAAAGCUAGGAAGGAGUCGCCAGGCCAGCAGGGCAAUGGGCAGCCCAGGAAGGAGGACAACAGGAGAUCGUUGCUCGCGUACGACGACGAGGUGAAAGAGCUCAAGAGCCAGGUGGGGAAGCUGGAGGAGAUGGUGAAGCGGAACCGCAAGGACAAGGCGGUGCACGAGGCGGCUUCGAGGAAACUGGAGCAGACGCGGAAGGCGCUCGCUGAUGCUGAGGCCACGCAUGCUUCGGCCACCAGCGCGGUCACGAGGAAGGAGAAGGAGAAAAAGUGGUUGAAAUUUUGAUGCCGGUUUCGUGCGCUGGUACUUCCA